UUAACAAUUGCGUACAGCCCCCCUCCUCGUGGCACUGCUGAGGCAUGUGGAGACCCGCAGAGCGGGGCCUUAGUAUCGCACCACCACCUCGAGCUGCUUGCUCGGGGCACCCUGACUACCUUCCACAACAACAGAUGCCGAAUCAAAACAUGCAGUUUAAAUUAUUUAUAGUGACAUUAGUGCUCCACUGUACCACCGGAGAAUAUUUUAAAACGAAACCUAGUUUCGUGAAGACAUGCUACAAAAGUGAUCCGAACUUCGAGGAUUGCUCGCGGGAAGCCGUGCAGCAAUUAUUCAAUGCGCUCGGUCCAGGUCUACCAGAUAUCGGAAUGGAACCUCUAGAUCCCCUCAAAAUACCUAAAAUAAGGAUUUUGCAAGGUGACGGUCCUGUAAACGUUAAUGCUGCUCUGGAUGACGUCACUGUCACAGGUUUUGGGAAGACGCAAGUGUUGUCGAGUCAAGUGGAUGGCAAAACCUACGAUUUUCAUACAAAGGUUCGAGUUCCAAAAAUAAGAAUAGAAGGCACUUAUGACCUGAAAGGAAAGAUUUUAUUAAUUCCCUUGGUUGGACGCGGUGUAUGUUGGUUUGAGCCGACAAAUAUGACAAUUGAUAUUAUCAGUGAUGUUAAAGUAUACAACAAGGAUGAAUUUGUAUUUUUCAAUGUCACUGGGGCACAUGUCAAGUAUGCAAUUGGAGGGUUAAAAUUACGCAUGAACAAUUUGUUCGACGGCAUUGAGUCGUUGGAGGAGAGUACUAACGCCUAUUUGAAUGCUAAUUGGCGACCAGUCUCCGAAUCUUUGCGGCCGAUAUUAUCAAAGACUAUAGAAGAUAUUUUACUUGGUUUUAUGCAAAGAUUAUUCAAUAAUUUACCUGGAGAUUUCAUGAUCGGGGACGUGAAAAAUAACUUGCCAAGUAAAAAGACGGAUAAGAAAGUAUAAUUAUUAUAGUUUUAAGUUACAAAUAAUUAUUUAAAAAGGAUUAGUUACAUUAGGAUUAUUCAGAAAAUGUCUUAACGUAAUUUUAAAUUAAUUCUUAAGUAUCUUGACGUGAAAUAUUAUACCUAUGUGUAUGAGUGUCUGUACAAGUGUACAUACCUACUUAUUUUACAAUACGUAUAUACUUACUAAAGUAUUUCAUCGUGAUAUUUAGGUAAAAUACUGUGAAACCUGAAUCUCAAACCUGAUUAAAAUCUAUUGGAAACUGAGCGAGAUGUAUGAAAUUCGAAUGAAGUUGCGUUAACUUGACUGAAAAAUGGUUGUGUUGUGUAAAUACUGAAAACUAUAAACACCGAUUGAUUGCAGUUUUAUUUUUAACCACCCAAUUAGUAGUGCUAAGAUUUAAUGAUUCUAUUGCAUCCUGUUAGUUUUCUGAAAGUUUGGUAAAUAAAUAAUUAUCCUCAGUGAAAUUUGACACCGUGCCAAAACGUGGACUUUUAC